GGCAAAAUGCCAAUCUCACAACACGACAACAAAGAAAACCUACAAAUAUGCUAAAAAGAAAAAAUACAAAUAUGAUUCGCAUUCCUCCUCCUUUUGCUUCUUCCACUUCGAUGGCACAGACCAACAAUCAAGAAUUACAGGAGAACCAAAGUAAGGAUAUGGACGAGGGAUUGGCUUUAGCAAUGGAGACGAUGGGAAAGGAACGGGAAAGGAAAAGAAAGAAGAUGAGAGAGGAAGGAGGCCUUCCCCUUUGUCAAGACCCAUUGGAUCUGCUUGGUAGGGACUUGAUGUUGAGGGUUUUGAACAACCUCGAUGCACGCAGCGUGGCACGAUGCCUCGUCGUCUCUCGUAGCUGGAACUGUGUUGCUUCUAGUGAUCUUCUCUGGACCUCCAAGUGUGAGGAAUUGUGGCAUGGGAAGGCACACUUACCGCGCUUGUCUCUUGUCCGGGGAGUUUCCAAGUUAGAUGCCUAUUCACUAUCUGUUAUGGACGGUAAACGUACUCGAAUUGCGAAGGAUGAUCUGUGUGAUCAUGUCUGGGAUUUUCAUUUUACCAAGGUGGCUCCAGAAUACUGGCGCAAUCUUGAUCCCUACUGGAAAGGCAAUGGCCCUCCAAUGCACCGCUACUUUCAUCAAGAUGGAAGCCAAACUGCAGAUCCUGACGACAAGGUCUGGGGUGGUCAUGAAUGCUGUUAUUCCAUCGUGACUAGUAUGGUUGGUGGAGGAAAGAUCAGGGAGCACUAUGUUCGGAUAAACCGGUGGCUUCCUCUUGCCGUGUCCAGAAAACAGGACUGGGGCUGGGAAAUGUCCAAUAACUUCUACUGUUACUCCAGUGUUCCAGAUGCCUACAAGGAAGGUGGAACAGGUCCACUAUUUUUGGUUAUGUAAAUAUUUCUCCUCAUAUAUAAUUUUAGCUUCCUCUAUUCAGCACCCUGCUUGAAACUGUAACUGAAAUUGCAAGCUUUUUUAUACAGGUUUAUGUGAAUAACAUAGUGCUAGUAAGUCAUGCUUGAGACA